GGGGAAGGAGGGAGGGAGGGAGGGAGGGAGAGAGAGAGAGGAGAGAAGGCAUGGGUUGUUUUCCAUGCUCUGGAAAUCCAAACAGAAGGCUUGAGAAUGAGAGGCCCAUUCGCAAUAUCAAUCACAAUAGACGAGACGAUCAUUCACAAUUCACCUCAGAUACAUCGAGAACAAGUCCAUAUAAUGGCUUGAAUAAGGUUCUUACGGUUGUAAAGCAAUCUUCAGCAGCAAAGGAGUUGGAUGUGAAGGAGGUACCUAAAGAUGAAGAGACUGAGAACGUUAAUGCAAGAACAUUUACUUAUAACCAAUUGGUGGUUGCGAUGGAAAAAUUCAAAUCAGAUUACUUUUUGGGCGAGGGAGGUUUUGGAAAAGUUUAUAAAGGAAAAUUAGAGGAUACAGGCCAGAUUGUAGCUAUCAAGCAACUUGAUCGUAAUGGAUUGCAAGGGAUUAGAGAAUUCAUUGUUGAAGUAUUGACACUAAGCCUGGCUGACCACCCUAAUCUUGUUAAAUUAAUUGGUUAUUGUGCUGAGGGAGAUCAGAGGCUGUUGGUAUACGAGUACAUGCCAUUAGGAUCUUUGGAAGACCAUUUGCAUGACCGUCGGCUCGAUAGGAAACGACUUGAUUGGAAUAGUAGAAUGAAAAUUGCCGCCGGUGCAGCUAGAGGCUUAGAGUAUUUGCAUGACAAAAUGAAGCCCCCAGUUAUAUAUCGUGAUUUGAAAUGCUCAAACAUUCUGCUCGAUGAGGGCUAUCAUCCCAAGCUGUCCGAUUUUGGCUUGGCCAAAGUUGGUCCGGUUGGAGAUAAAACUCAUGUUUCCACCAGAGUGAUGGGAACAUACGGGUACUGUGCACCGGAGUAUGCAAUGACCGGUCAGCUGACGUUCAAAUCAGAUAUUUUCAGCUUUGGGGUCGUUCUUUUGGAGAUCAUCACGGGCAGGAAGGCAAUUGAUAAUAUGAGAACGGCUGCUGAGCAAAAUCUGGUUGCAUGGGCACGACCCAUGUUCAAAGACCGAAGAAAAUUCCCACAGUUAGUUGACCCAGAGCUUGAAGGUCAGUAUCCCACAAGAGGCUUGUACCAAGCCCUUGCCAUCGCUGCAAUGUGCGUCCAAGAGCAACCAAACUUGAGGCCCCUCGCUGCUGACAUUGUUACCGCUUUGAAUUAUCUCGCUUCCCAAGCAUAUGUUCCCCAGACCCAAUCUGUCCAAAGCUCCCGAAAGGCCACAUCUUCUCAUUGAAUGACAAAAAAGCAGGACGAGUUGGGACCCAUUGAUGCUCAAGGACUAAAUAGUAAAUUUAAGUGGUCAAACACAUUUUCAAUGUGCUCAAAUAUGAUGGUGCCAAGUUAUCAUUUUGCUCUUGCAUUACUAAGGGAAUAGCAGGUGCCAACUUCCAAGCAUGGUCUCUGGUGGAAAUUACAGGGAAGUUAUGCCAUUUUUGCCCUUCCUCUUUCCAUGUAAAUGUGAGCUGUAUUUCAUACAUAUGUAAAAUGCCUUUCUUUUCUUUUCUUUUUCUUUUUUUCUCUCGACAUAUGGCCUAUUAACAGAGAAUGUCUGGUGAGAAACAGAGGAUUAUAGCCCGGAGUGGAGCUGAACUUGUAGGAUAAAAGGUUUCUUCUAUACUUUAGUUUAGACCUUAAAUCUUAAUAAAGAAAGAUGUUAUACUUU